AUGCUGGACUCAGUGGCCUUUGAGGAUGUGGCUGUGAACUUCACUCUGGAGGAGUGGGCUUUAUUGGAUUCUCCACAAAAGAAACUCUACAGAGAUGUGAUGCGGGAAACCUUCAGGAACCUGGCCUCCAUAGGAAAGAAAUGGGAAGAUUAUGACAUUGAAGAUCAGUACAAAAACCAAGGUGGAAAACGAAGAAAUCCAAUAUUAGAGAGAGUCUGUGAAGGGGAGAAGAACAGUCAAUGUGGGGAAAACUUAAGCCUUACUCUAAAUCUCAGUCCAAAGAAAAAAUCUCUUCCUGUAGUAAAACCAUGGGAAUACAGUGCGUUUGGGAAAGUCUUCAUGCAGCCGUCAUCCCAUAAUAUGCACAUCAGAUGUCACACUGGAAACAAGCCAAAUGAGUGUCAAAAUUAUGGAGACAAGCUAUAUAAUUAUGAUGUAUGUGGGAGAACCUUCAGUUAUCUUCAGUGUUUUGACAAACAUGAAAGGAAUCAAAAUGGAGAAAAAGCCUAUGAAUGUAAGGAAUGUGGGAAAACCUUUAGUUCUUCAACUUCACUUCAAAUACAUGAAAGAUCCCACACGGGAGAAAAACCUUAUAAAUGUAAACAGUGUGGUAAAGCAUUCAGUUGUCUCAGUUCUCUUCGACGUCAUGAAAAAGUUCACACUGGAGAGAAACCCUAUGAAUGUAAGGAGUGUGGAAAAACCUUCAGGUAUUAUCAAAAUUAUCGAAGACAUGAAAAUAAAUUUACUGGAGAGAAGCCCUAUGAAUGUAAGGAAUGUGGGAAAAUUUUCAGAUGUUAUCAAAGUUUUCGAAGACAUGAAAGAAAUCACAGAGAAGUGAAACCAUAUGUAUGUAAGCAAUGUGGUAAAACAUUUAGUUGUCUCCGUUACCUUCGCAAACAUGAAAGAAAUCACACUGGAAAGAAGCCUCAUGAAUGUAAAAUAUGUAGUAAAGCAUUUAGGUAUCCCAGUGAUCUUCAGAAACAUGAAAGAAAUCACACUGGAGAGAAACCUUUUGAAUGUAUGGAGUGUGGUAAAGCCUACAGAGAUCCCAGUUCCUUGCAAACACACCAAAGAACCCAUAUAGGAGAGAAACCCUAUGAAUGCAAGGAAUGUGGCAAAGCUUUCACUUCUCAUCAAUGUGUCCAAAUACAUGAAAGAAAUCAUACUGGAGAGAAACCCUAUGUAUGUAAAAUAUGUAGCAAGACAUUUGGUUAUCCCAGUUCUCUUCGAUAUCACAAAAGAACACAUACUGGAGAGAAAUCCUAUGAAUGUAAGGAAUGUGGGAAAACCUAUAGAUAUCUCAGUUCCUUACGAAUACAUGAAAGAAUUCAUACUGGAGAGAAACCUUAUGAAUGUAAGGAAUGUGGGAAAUCCUAUAGAUGUUAUCAAAGUUUCCAAACACAUGAAAGUAACCACACUGGAGAGAAACCAUAUGUAUGUAAAAAAUGUAGUAAAGCAUUUAGUUGUCUCCAUUAUCUUAGAAAACAUGAAAUAAAUCACACUGGAAAGAAACCCUAUAAGUGUAAAAAAUGUAGUAAAACAUUUAGGUAUCCCAGUGAUCUUCAGAAACAUGAAAGAAAUCACACUGGAGAGAAACCCUUUGAAUGUAAGGAAUGUGGGAAAGCCUACAGAGACCACCGUUCCUUACAAACACACGAAAAAGCUCACAAUGGAGACAAACCUUAUGAAUGUAAGAAAUGUGGGAAAGCCUUCAAAUGUUAUCGAAGUUUCCAAACACAUGAAAGGAAUCACACUGGAGAGAAACCAUAUGUAUGUGAAAAAUGUAGUAAAGCAUUUACUUGUCUCCGUUAUCUUCGAAAACAUGAAAGAAUUCACAUUGGGGGGAACCCUGUUUAUGGAAGCAAUUUGGAAAAUUCUUCAUUUCUCACACAACCUUUCAAAAUCUGA